AGGUGUGUUAUUGUACGCGCCCCGUGGAGAAAUAAACGAGCAUCCAUCACUGGAAAUUUGGCCUAACAUCUGUGACAUUUCCAUGAAAAUCGUUGACUAGAAGAUUGAAAUAAUUUGACGAGAGGAAACACGGAAAGUCGCCACCAUGGGUUGCGCUGGAUUCACCUGCUCCAAGAAUUCCCUCUGCGCUCUCAACAUCCUCUAUGUUAUGGUGAGUUUGCUGAUGAUCGGGAUCGCGGCAUGGGGCAAGUGGUUUGGCCUGGUGUCCAGUUUCCAGGUGGUGGGGGGCAUCAUCGGUGUGGGCGUGUUCCUGUUCGUGGUGGCGCUGGCGGGCCUCGUCGGGGCCAUGAAGCACCACCAGGUCCUGCUCUUCUUCUAUAUGAUUAUCCUUUUCAUGGUGUUCGUGGUGCAGUUCUCUGUGUCCAGCGCUUGUCUGGCCAUCAACAAAGAUCAGCAGGAGCAACUGCUUGAGGUGGGUUGGAACAACUCUCAGAGCACUCAGGCGGACGUGGAGAAGACGCUCAACUGCUGCGGCUUCCUCCAGCUCCCCAGCGGCAAUGACACAUGUCCUGCAGCCUGUUUCGCCCAGCACACGUGCACCACCUGUGCUGCCAAGAUCCAGGAGCAUGCGGAGGAGGUGCUGCACUUCGUGGGGGGCAUCGGCCUCUUCUUCAGCUUCACUGAGAUCCUUGGCGUGUGGCUGACGUACAGAUACCGCAAUCAGAAGGACCCCCGAGCCAACCCCAGUGCCUUCCUGUAGCUUUUCAGGCAUCGAUAUGCGGUCUACAACUUACAGUACACCUCUACUAGGGUCAGUGCUUAAUUUGUCAAGCGGGGGGAGGUCCUGGAGCGCAGAGGAUGGGUGGCUCCACCCCGAGUGGGGUGGGGUCUAUGAUGUCUUUCUAUGAGGUUCCAUCCAAGGUUCCGGAGCUCUCGUCUGAGGUUCCGGAGCUAGCU